AUGGGCCUAUCGCCCAAGUAUCCAACGCAUCAAGAUACUUCCAAGUACUGCAGUUACUGGUACGACAAUGAUGGCUCAGUCCCUUGCCAAGACAUACUCGAACCAUACCUGAUUACUAUGGACGAAUUACUUCGCUGGAACCCUGGGCUUGGCCCUGGGUGUAGCAACUUCCUCAGUGGCUGGUCUUACUGUGUCGAGGCUAUUGACGAGCCAGUCGCCACAAACGGCCCAACUAAGACAACACCUAGUGGAAGCAGUACUACUCUGAAGCCCACCACUACAACUACCUCUAAGACAAGUCCUACCAAUGGCGUCGAGACACCAUCACCAACACAACCAGAUAUGGUCAAGAACUGCGACAAGUUCGAUUUCGUUCAAAAGGGACAAAACUGUGACUCUCUCGCCAAAGCCAACGGAAUCACUGCUGCAGAUAUCUACAAAUGGAACCCAUCCGUUAAUGCAGACUGUGGAGGCCUCUGGGCUAAUGUCUGGAUCUGCGUAUCGGUCAUUGGACAUACACCGUCACCAACCAAGCCUACGCCUACCAAUGGAAUCGAGACCCCGUCUCCUAUUCAGGGAGGCAUGGUCAAAAACUGCGUCAAAUUUCAUCUUGUAAAAACGACGACAACUUGCAACUCCAUUGAGAAUUACUAUAAGUUGCCCCUAGCCAAGUUCCUUGAGUGGAACCCUGGCGUUGGCAAAAACUGUCAGUCUCUGUUAGCAGAAUAUUGGGUUUGCGUCAUGACAGACGACUACAAGCCUACGCCGUCGCCGACGUCACCGAGCAACGGGAUUAAGACCCCGUCGCCAAUCCAGGAUGGUAUACACAAGAAUUGCAACAAGUUUCACCAGGUACAAAAGACAACAACAUGUGCCUCAAUUAAUAACUACUAUAACCUGCCUUUGAAGGACUUUUACUCUUGGAACCCUAGCGUGGGCACCAACUGUCAAUCUCUCCUAGCCGAUCACUGGGUCUGCGUCUCAAUUGUUGGCUGGAGCCCUCCUAAGCCAUCCCCUACCACUCCUAGUAACGGUAUCAAAACACCAUCACCAAUCCAAGCAGGAAUGGUCACAAACUGCAACAAAUUCCACGAGGUCAAGAAGACAACUACAUGUGCAUCUAUCCAAGACUACUACAAGAUCACCAUGGAGCAGCUAGCCAAAUGGAACCCUAAAGUGGGCUCGUCGUGUAAUGCUCUACUGGUUAGUUACAAUGUAUGUGUUGGAGUUAUUGGACAGACGCCCACCCAGCCUCCUAAGCAAGACACAACCCCUACGCCUUUCAUACCGGGGAUGAUCAGGAGUUGUAAAAAGUUCCACAUGGUGAAAGCAACUACAACUUGCGACUCUAUUCAAAAGUACUAUAAGAUCACAAUGGCUCAGAUUGCGAAGUGGAACCCCACGGUUGGUGCGAAAUGUACAGGUUUGUGGAAGGAUUAUUGGGUCUGCGUAGGAGCUUAG